CCGAGGGGCAAGUGGACAAGGCACUAGACAGAGGUAGGCCGACAGGCAGAAAGUAGGCGGGAAAUUUGUACACUAAAACGCAGUAGCAGACAUGGAAUCAUGCAACUGGGAAAAUAGCACGACACAACGAGAAGACGAGAUGAAGUUGUUGAACAGACUCGCCAAGGAGGAGAGAGAGAGAGAGCAUGGCAUGGGCAGGGAAGACGCCGAGUCACGCGGAACACCUACCACUGCCUACCUACGGUGUUUAAACGGGAAUGUAGCCACUGGCCGACACUCACGUAUGAUGGCGGCGAGCGUGACAAUCAACAAUCACGCCGUGGAAUGGUGGUAUAUGGGAAAUCCACUUGAUGAGGACAUGCUGCAUGAACAUGAGGGCCUUUGUGUUCAGACAUUCUAUGGCCAUAUGAAUUCCUGCAACAGCGUUGCAUUCAAUCUCAAGGGUGACACUAUAGCCUCCGCCGAUGCAGAUGGGAUUGUGAAGCUUUGGGACAUCAGAAUGGUGGCUGAACGGAUGAGCUUCAACGCAGGUCCAUACCCAGCAAACAAAGCAGCCUUUGAUCACACAGGAGAGGUGGUUGCAACAGCCUGUGGUGAUGGCAAGAUCCGAUGCUUCAAAGUUCAAGACGGAUCGGCCAUGUGUGAACUCGCAUCUCAUGAAGAUGCUGUACAAGCUGUUGUGUUUGAUCCCGUAAACAAGUACAUGGUAUCAGCUGGUUCUGAUUGCACAUUUAGAUUGUGGACUUGAAUGAUCGCUGUACCCAGAGGCAAAGCUCACUCACACAUCUGCAGUCAGCCGUGAAUAUGAGUGAUGGCUUCGCUAAUCCCAAAAAGUGCAUAUACAUGAGUGAUGGUGGUGCUCGUGAUAAAACUUGCUUAUACUUUCGAUCUAUGCUGAGGGACGAAGAGGAGGGAGGGGGAGAGGCGAAGAGAGGGGGGCGGAUAAUUAAGAGGCAACUGGAAUGCUGGUUCAUGCUUCUUGUUGGUGUACCAUGUAUCUUCCGUUAGCAGGCUGUGCUUUUGUCUCCCUUUUUUUGGGUGUGUGGUCUGUGUGUGUUUGUGAUCAUGUGUGGAUCUGUGUGUGAUCAUGUGUGCGAUACAAAUCCUCAACCGUCAAGCUACACACUUCUCCACAGAUAAAAGAACCGGACAUGA